AUGCCGGCGAGGUCGUCAACAAAAAUCAUCAUCAAGCCUCGGAAGGCACGCGUCAGCGUGCCACAGCCCAUGGAGGAGGAGGAAGUGGUGACUAGCGACACAGACAACCAGAAGGAAGAAGAAGAGGAACCAGAGUCUCCCCUCGCCAGUACAAGCGCGCAGACGCCGCUCGCUGAGGACUACGACGGCGUGGAUGUACAGACUCCGGAGGCGGACGAUGGCGGAAGCCACGAUGGAGACAGCAACCGCACAGUAGAAGCGAGCGCGGAGUGGCAAAGGCUCAGAAAGGAGGCGCUCAGGGCGUGUGGGGGCAUUAUGGAGGGCGUCCCGGUGGUGGAGGAGAGGAUGAACGCCGAGAAGCGGGCGAGGGGAAGUGAGGACGUGAUGGAGGGUGCGGAGGAGAGUGCGCGAGCAAGAGGAAAGCGGAGGAAGAUAUGGGACGAGGGGCCGUUGCCGCUCGGGGUUUAUGAACCGCAUACAGGGAUCGUUUUCUACCGUUCAGACACGCAGCCUUCUCGAGCACGAUGGGAGUCUCUCCCAGAUGACGCAGAUAAGAGGCGCGUACUGGGCGGCACCAAGGCGGGUAGCGGAGCAUGGGGUGUCGCAUGGGUGGACACGGUCGUGGAGCUCCCGAGGGAGGAGGAAAUUGACUUCGAAGGGCGGAUUGCGCGCGCACCGUUUCUGCAUACGACAUCAGAGCCUUCAUAG